AGGCAUUUCACAUGGCAUUUCACCCUGAUUUCACCCCUUAUAUAUAUGUCAAUGAUUUCACCUCGGGGUUACCUUGCGUUCUCAUGGACGCCUGGCCAAUAAAUGCUAUUGAAGGGCGGGUCUUGGUCUUGGCGUGGCCAUAGUGGGAUUCGUAUAUUGCCUCCCGAUCUGCUCCAGAUCCGCCGGCAAAUGUUUUCCACUCCAUGAGCUAUGCUCCGCCCUCGACGCUCGUCACAACUACUUUUCGGAUUGUGCCCCGGCUGUAUGGAAAGAACUCAGAAGAGCUAGCUAGUUUUAUUCAGACGGAAAAUGUGGUCUGUCUGAUCUCCUACUUCUAGCCGAGCUUCGUCCACAUUACUUUAUAUAGUCAACGUAGAAGAGACAGGCAGAGGGAAUGUGCAGGAGGACAUAAUCGACGUUUCUUUGAGCAAGCCGCACAACGUAUCCUAACAAAUAAAAACCAUAACAUUAUCACAGCCACAACAAUGCACUUGUCCUUAUUUUGCCUCGCCAAGCCUGUUCUUCAUGGAUACUUCAGAAGUUCCUGCUCAUGGAGGGUUCGCAUUGCUUUUGCUCUCAAAGGUAUUGAAUAUGACCAGGCUCCAGUAAAUCUGAUCAAAGAUGGAGGUCAGCAGCAUACUGAACAGUACAAGGCAUUAAACCCUAUGCAACAAGUGCCUGCAGUUGAAAUUGAUGGCAUCACCCUUUCUCAGUCACUGGCAGUGAUCCAGUACAUCGAUGAGACCAGGCAAGGCCCUCGGCUUCUCCCAGCAGACCCAAAGAAACGUGCCCAGGUUCGGAUGAUAAGUGAUGUCAUUGCCUCUGGGAUACAGCCUCUGCAGAAUCUAUACGUGAUUCAGAAAAUAGGAGCAGAAAAGGUGCAAUGGGCUCAGCACUUCAUUGAUCGCGGCUUUCAAGCUCUUGAGCCCAUUCUGAAGCAAACAGCAGGGAAAUACUGUGUAGGUGAUGAGAUAUCCAUGGCAGACAUAUGUCUGGUCCCACAAGUCUACAAUGCAGAGAGGUUCAAAGUGGACGUCGGGCAGUAUCCAACUAUCAAAAGGUUAAAUCAGACCUUAGUUGAGAUUGAAGCUUUCAAAGUGACCAACCCAUCUUGUCAGCCAGACACACCUGCUGAUCUGCGUGCAUAGAAUAACCACUCAAUAGUUUCAGACAACCAUGCAACUUUGUACAUUGUUAAAUAAAAUGCUUUGAAAAUAA